AUGUGGGCAUUAUUGAAAGGAGCCAAAGUCGGCACAAAGAUUAGACCACAAACUAAAAUUAAGGCAAUUUUAGACUGCGUUUCAACAGAUCCGAAUUUGCUUGCCAAGUUGUAUCAAAAAUGUGGACAUUUGUUGUUGCAUGAUGAAACCGGUUUAGCUACAAAGCCCGACAAAAAGAGAAAAUCCAAUCCACAGAAAUCUGUUACCAAAACCAAGAAGAAAUCCAAACCAUCUGUUGAAGACAACAAUACCACUCGAGCAAUCAAUCCUACGGUGAUUCCUUCUAUUGAUUCAUGCACAUUUCAAUUAAUGAUCACAUCAUCGAUUCCAACAGAACCACAUCCAACUUCUUCCAUCACGAACAAUCUAACCCAAGCAGAAGAAACUCAACUUUCGACGGUUUUCAGUGAUUCACAACAAAGAAUCAAUUUGCAAAACAUGAACAGUACAUCAUCACGACCGAAUAUUUCCACAAAUCCGAACACAAAGACACGAAAAGGAAACAAAUCAGGAAAGGCUGCCAACAAACAAUUCUUUUCCCAAUUCAAACCAAGCAAUCAAAUGGCUGAUGAAACAGCUUCCAACACUACCUCCAAUAUCCAAAUCAUCACUUUGAAAAUCCACCGUCAACCGUCAAGAAAGGGCCAAAAAUACCACAAAUAA